AUGUCCUACUUGAACCCAGGUUAUGACAAAUAUACUCAUUUGUACAUCAAUUUUGUUUUCAUGAGAUACUCCAUUGAAUCUCUCCUCUCUGUUUCAGUUUGUACAACUUUCGAGAGUUCGAAUUAUGUUAUGUCGAGACCAGUCAACGUAUACACUACCGAAAACUCUUCGACAGCCCAUGAUCCGUUUCACCCUUCAACUUCAGGCCCAUUAGGUGGGCACAGUCCCAAAGUUUCCAUCAACCAUAUGUGCUACUCUAACCCAAAGUGUACGAAACUCAACUAA